UCUAAAAUGACUAACAUGUCUGAUAUAGUUCUGUUUUCUUUGUCUGGCUUCAGUGCCACUGCUAACUACAAAAUCCUACUUUCCUCCCUCACUUUACUUUGUUAUUGUCUUAUUGUGCUGUUAAACGUGUCUCUGGUUUUAACCAUAAUAUUAGAUCAGAGCUUACAUGAACCCAUGUAUGUUUUUGUAUGUUCAUUAUGCAUUAAUGGGCUUUAUGGGUCUACUGGCUUUUAUCCCAAAUUUUUCUUUGAUCUUCUUUCCAAAAUCCAAGUAAUAUCAUAUUCAGGAUGCCUAUUGCAAGUCUUUGUCAUAUACUCCAAUAUAAAAAUCGACUACUCCAGCCUCGUUGUCAUGGCCUAUGACAGAUAUGUAGCUAUAUGUCGACCCCUUGAGUAUCACUCUGUAAUGUCUGUGCGAAGGACUGCGGUCCUAGUUGCUUUCUCAUGGCUUGCACCCUUGUGCUGUGAAGUUAUGGUUCUAACCUUGACAUCUACAUUGAAAUUUUGCAACUCCAGAAUAGAUAAACUCUACUGUGAGAACUGGUCCCUUGUUAAACUUGCUUGUGGCUCAACAAAAACAAACAACAUAUUUGGAUUGUUUGUUAUCGCUCUCUAUUGUCUGCAUUUGCUUUUCAUUGUGUGUUCUUACGUGCAGUUGGUCAAAGCCGCUUUAAAGUCCACCAAGGGAAAAAGAAAGUUCACACAGACGUGUGUGCCGCAUUUGUUGUGUCUGCUUAAUGUGUCUGUUGCUUUGCUGUUUGAUGUUAUGUACUCGAGGUACGGAUCAGCAUCUGUGCCGCAGAGUGUUAAGAAUUUCUUUGCCAUACAAUUUAUUGUAAUUCCACCAAUAAUUAACCCUAUCAUUUAUGGACUGAUUCUGACUAAAAUACGAAACAAAAUAGUACAUUUGUGUGUGAUGGCAGGUCAAAGACUUCAAUUGAGAGUCGAGGUUUGAUAUGUAAGCACUGAUCCUGUCUUACCUUUACUCUGACCUUUCU